AUUAUUGUACACUAUUCGUUUAUCAAUUGACAUUUCUACUUUUUAUUAACAAUGUUUGAAAAAAAAAUACAUAAAUACUAAUUAAAUAGUGCAGAAAAACGCAAAUUAAAAAGGAGAGCGAAAGUACUGAAAGUUCUUUAUCGACUGAAAAAUAAUAAAAUGGCACCAAAAAAGAAUAAGAAAAGUAAUAAGUUGGCUCGAAUGAGUGACGAGGAAAAGUUGCGAUACCUGCAGCACCGGGCAGCCAUAGAAGAAGAGACGAAACGGCGGAAAGAACAAUUAGUCGCCACGUACUUAAAGAGCAAGUUGAAAAAAGAGGAAGCGUUUACCCGGCUAAAUACUGCCAAACUGAACCAGCAAUGGCGACACAACUUGCGGCAAAUCAAGUGCAAGGAACUCAAAGACGAAAUGAUGACGAUGAAAAACCGAUUCCAAAUCUUGUUAGACUGCAAAAACGACCACAUAGACAUGUUAUUGAGAGACUUGGAAGACGCUGAAGAACAAAAUCUAAAACAGUACGGAGCACAUGCGGAGAUAGUAACUCAAUUCUUGAGUAUCCAUGAGAAAUCGUUGGAAGAACUCCAUGCUCGCUACGAACACAAAAAGCAGUUGUUGUUAGAUGAGUUGAAACAUAACUUUAGGUGGAUGAGAGAUAUAUUCAGUAGAGACGAUGAACGCUUGGACCUUAUGUCUGUUAUUUUCGAGGCACGUAACGACGACGACACGCGACAAACCCAUAUAAAUUUCGAAGACUCGAUCGCCGUAUUAAACAAUGAGAUGCUUUUCGAGAAAGAUAGGUUCACAAAAAUACGUUUCGCGGAAAUACAAACGACUAUGAAGAAAUUUCAGAAAGUCCUAGACGAUUACAGCAAUGAAACUGAGUCCAAAAAGAAUCAUUACAAUUAUUUAAAAAUGCGAGAUGAAGCCAACACCGCAUCUAUCGAAGAGAACAACAAACGAAUUCAUGCAUAUUCUGAAGAGAUCAAAAUGCUAACACAGCUAUGUGCCAAACGCGGCGCCCAGUACGCACAACGAGAAAAUGAAUUGAAACGGGACCGUGAAGACCUCAUAAAACGAGGUUUCGUGGCACAAAAUCAACUAAACGUUAAUCGAAACGAGUAUAAAAAUAAACUUGAAGCAAUGACGAAAGUAUACAAAAACGUUAUUGAUAAAUUAACAAAUAUUUCAAAAAAAGGCGAGAGAAUAAUUAAAACAGCGGAAAAUUGUGCCAAACUCAUGAAUGAAGAUGAUAAUAACCUAAUCUGUCCCGACGAAGAUAAUAACGAAGGAGAAUUCGAUAAAAUGUCGAAAUUCUGGAAGCGUUACGCUCGAGUGGACGUGCAGUGUGAAGAGCUCGACGUCAGACGAACAAAAGCCGCACAGGAGAAUAAAGACCUGAAAGCCGCUCUGACCUACUACUUAAAGACUAUUGCUCGGCCGGCGUCGGUGCAGAGGGACAUAAAAGACGGCGGCAUACAGUUGAAUUUGCUUCCAGUAAAAGCUGGUUGAAAAUAUUAUGAUACGCUUCAAAUGGGGUCGACUAUAUUAUAAUAUUACACAAUAGUUCAAUACUAUAGUAGAAUUAUUAAUAAAACAUUGCAGUAUUAAAAUACACAUACCAUUAUAUUCUAGUGCCUAGAGCCGCUAAUCUAAUGAAAUAUUUUUCACAUUUUAGAUUCAUAUUUUUGAUCUCCGGCUCGAAAUGGUACUACAAUAAUUAAUAUUUAAUACCUACCUACAUUAUUUUUACGAGUUAUAACACCACAUUUUAAGAUGAAAAAAAAUCCCGAAUCUUGAAUACCUACCUAUUGCAUAAAGUGAUUUAAGGUAGGAAAUUAGAUCUAGAUGAUAGGUAAUUUUUUUAGUGUAGGUGGGAGACAGUCAAAAGAAAAAAGGCGGGUAAGUAGAUGUCGCUCUGCUGUACACUAGGUUACAAGUAGGAUCUAUUAUUACUGUAAAUGUCUAUGAUGGAUGGUAUUAAAUUUGAAUUCAAUGAUAUAAUAUCAUUGUAUUUGUAUAAGAAAAACGAUUCUGAGCGGAGACGGUAUGUCAGUAUAGGAUAGGUAUAUAAUAUUAUAUUUAUAUUGUUAUUACGGUAGUCGGUAAGUCGAAUUAAUAUUAUUCAUAAUGGUAGGUAUUAUCCUAAAAUAAUCAGUGAUGCAGGAUGCUGAAUAAUCAGCGAUGCAGGAUGCUGAAAAAAUAUUAUUUAUAAUAUCGUUUUGGAACCGGCGCACACGGAGCCACUGGACACGUAAUUUUAGAUUAAGUAGAUGCGUAUUACUAGAAUUAACAUUGAUUAAUAUGUAUAAUCAAUGGAAUUAGAUAUUUAGAGCUAUGAGUAUUUUAAAAUUGUAAAUUGAUUGUACACCUUAAAGUACUCAUAACUCGCUUAAAAAUUAAAAUACAAUAAAAAGCCCAUGAGGUUGUCUAGAUAAUAAUCUUACCUUUAGAUUUUAUAAGAGGUCAAUUUACUCUAAUUUUUUAAUUAACGGAGCUACACGUGUUUUUCUGAGCGUAAAAUUUGCUAUAUUAUGCACUUGUAAGACGGAGACAACACGUGCGGGUAUCACGUCCACUUAACAAUUUGUACCAUAAUG